AUGGUUUCCCUGUCUCUUCUCGCACCUUCCAAGGUCGCCUCGGCGCUGGUCCUCGUCCUCGGACUGGCUGACAUCUGCAAUGCGGCGGCCAAGUACCACAUGGGCCACAAGCUGCCCACCAACGUCGGCGGGACAUACUACGUGGACGGCUUCCACGGCGGUGUCAUGAACGCAAAGUUCCAGUCCAUGACCAACUCCGUCCCUGGCAACUCUCAAUACGUCGACCUGACGUACAACUUCAACCUUGGCAACUUUGACCAGGCCUACUGGAUUCUUCUCCCCACGUCCUUUGGCGGCGCCAACGAGUGCUUCGCGGUCUAUAAGAACUGCGAUGUCACAAUCAGGUUCUGGGACAAGAAAGACCCGUUGCCCAACUGGUACACCCUGGCAUAAAUCAACCCGGGUAGAAGUUGAUUUGCUUGAAUCUGUUGCUUCGAAGCCAUCGCCGUCGUUCAACUUUGGACGAAGAAGGCGGUUGCAUUGGAAGUGGGCUAGCCUGGCUUUUGUCGAUCUAGGUGACUUUGGGGUGGAGAGGAGGCUCACGUAGGGCUGCUGUAGUAUACUGCGACAACGUAAAUAAUAAUACCACAAUGUG